GGCCAGAUCAGACUUGUAAUCCACGUUAGGUGGGUAGGAUUUUAAAACUAGUUAUAGGUCUUCCGAGCUAACAUGGUGCUUCUCACUAUGAUCGCGCGGGUGGCGGAUGGACUUCCUUUGGCGGCUUCCAUGCAGGAGGAUGAACAAUCAGGUCGAGACCUACAGCAGUACCAGAGCCAAGCUAAGCAGUUGUUCCGGAAGCUCAAUGAACAGUCUCCUACUAGGUGCACCUUAGAAGCGGGACCCAUGACUUUUCAUUAUAUUAUUGAGAGAGGAGUGUGUUAUCUGGUAUUGUGUGAAGCUGCCUUCCCCAAAAAGCUGGCCUUUGCAUACCUGGAAGAUUUACACUCAGAAUUUGAUGAACAACAUGGAAAGAAGGUGCCAACGGUGUCCAGGCCAUAUUCUUUCAUUGAGUUUGAUACUUUCAUCCAGAAAACGAAGAAACUGUAUAUUGACAGUCGUGCAAGACGAAACCUUGGCUCCGUCAACACAGAGUUACAGGAUGUACAGAGAAUCAUGGUAGCCAACAUCGAGGAAGUCUUACAACGGGGCGAGGCACUUUCAGCUUUAGAUUCCAAGGCAAACAACCUGUCCAGUUUGUCCAAGAAAUAUCGCCAGGAUGCGAAGUAUCUGAACAUGCGUUCCACCUAUGCCAAGCUUGCUGCUAUUGCUGUGUUUUUUAUCAUGUUGAUUGUCUACGUACGGUUCUGGUGGCUGUGAGUGAUUUCCAGGUGCCAAAGAAGGAUGACUAGUAAUACAGCAGGUGUAUAGUUGUAAGAUGCCAAGAUCACAGGGAUGUACAUUAGAAUCCCCAUAGGAUGUUCUUAUAAUGAGAAUUGCUGCUAUCCUCAAAUGAAUUGUAAUUCCCAAAUGUUCGAGCUUGCUGGCAACCACAGAUUUUCUUUUCUAGCAGUUGCACACUCAGAAGAUGUGAUAUUUGUUUUUCCCACUAGCAGCAAUGAUAGGGGUGUUCUGAGUUGGCAUGGUUGAUCAGCUCAUUUCACUGCUACUCAGCACAGCUGGCAGUAAGUAUAUCCUUCUCCUUGUAAAUGAGUCCAGCCCUGGUAGUAAAGGGACUCUAAUGAACAUUCCUGAUACUAGUGACGCCUUCUUAUUAAGAAUUUGGGUCUUGCUAUUUGAACAGAAAACCCUGUUUAAAGUUUGACACGUAUAUAUUUUUUAGUUUGUGCAGUGCUGAUUUUAUAUUGUCAGAUAUCUUGACGCAUUUCACCAUUAAUCUAGUAAGUAAAUUCUGCUUUAAUAAACCUCAUCCAAUGCUAA